CAGCUGACAGAGAAAACUAUGCUGUCAAGGGGAAGUUGAAGAGGAAAAGCUCAGCACUCAAAAGAAUGUAACCGGAAACUUGGCUCACAUCCCUAACGCAAUGUUAUCGAAUAGUUUGGUUUUGUUAAAUCGGUUCCUUUUGAAUGCUAAAUCAAGAUGUUGUAAACAAGGUUUGCAGCAAAGUCCAAGAAAGAAGAGCUCUCACGGGGAAGAGAAGGCUGGGAUUUGACUAGUGAAGCAUUUGAUUCAAUUAGUGCUGCUUAUUAAGUUACUAUUGCUACAGUGUUUACAGCCAUUACCAGAUCACACCAUAAGGACUCUCUUACCCUUUGCCCCAUUUAAGCGUCAUUGAUUGAUCAACUCCUUGACAGGAGACCAUGGCAAAGAAGGUGGUGGUGAUUGGAGCUGGGGUCAGUGGCCUGAUCUCUCUCAAGUGCUGUGUGGAUGAGGGACUUGAGCCCACUUGCUUUGAGAAGACUGAAGAUAUUGGAGGGCUGUGGAGGUUCAAAGAAAAUGUUGAAGAUGGCCGAGCAAGUAUCUAUAAAUCUGUCAUUACUGACACCAGCAAAGAAAUGUCUUGUUUUAGUGACUUUCCAAUGCCUGAACAUUUCCCAAAUUUCCUGCACAACUCAAAGCUUCUGGACUACUUCAGAAUUGUUGCCAAAAAGUUUGAUCUCCUAAAAUAUAUUCAGUUCCAGACAACCACCCUCAUUGUGAAAAAACGCCCAGAUUUCUCAUCCUCUGGCCAAUGGGAGAUUGUUACCAAGAGCAAUGGCAAGGAACAAAGUGAGGUCUUUGAUGCAGUCAUGGUCUGCAGUGGCCACCACAUCCUACCUCACAUCCCACUGCAGUCAUUUCCAGGUAUCGAGAAGUUCAAAGGCCAGUAUUUCCAUAGCCGCCAAUACAAGCACCCAGAGGGAUUUGAGGGGAAGCGCAUACUGACGAUUGGAAUAGGGAACUCGGCCUCAGAUAUUGCCGUGGAGCUGAGUAAGAAGGCUGCUCAGGUGUUUCUCAGCACCAGACAAGGGUCCUGGGUCUUGAGCCAUAUCUCUGGCGAUGGCUAUCCUUGGGACAUGCUGUUCCAUACCCACUUUAGAUCCAUGCUCCGAAAUGUCCUGCCACGAAUGGUUGUGAAAUGGAUGAUGGAACAACAGAUGAAUCAGUGGUUCAACCAUGAAAAUUAUGGUCUUAAGCCUCAAAACAAGUAUCUUAUGAAAGAGCCAGUACUGAAUGAUGAUCUUCCGAGUCGUCUGCUUUAUGGAGCCAUCAAGGUGAAAUCGAGAGUGAAGGAGCUCACAGAGGCUUCUGCCAUCUUUGAAGGUGGAACAAUGGAGGAGGAUAUUGAUGUCAUUGUCUUUGCAACAGGAUAUGCUUUCUCUUUUCCCUUCCUUGAAGAUUCACUUGUUAAAGUAGAGAAUAAUAUGGUAUCUCUUUAUAAAUACAUAUAUCCCCCUCACCUGGAGAAGCCAACCCUUGCAUGCAUGGGUCUCAUCCAGCCCCUUGGUUCCAUUUUCCCGACUGUUGAACUUCAAGCUCGCUGGGUGACGAGAGUUUUCAAAGGCUUGUGUACCUUGCCCUCAGAGAGUAUUAUGAUGGCAGACAUUAUCAAGAGGAAUGAAAAAAGAAUAGACCUGUUUGGAGAGAGCCAAAGCCAGAUUUUGCAGACCAAUUACAUCGACUACUUGGACGAGCUCGCCUUAGAAAUUGGUGCGAAGCCAGAUGUCCUGUCUCUCUUGUUAAAAGAUCCUAAACUGGCCAUGAAACUCUAUUUUGGACCCUGCAACUCUUAUCAAUAUCGCCUAGUUGGGCCUGGGAAGUGGGAAGGAGCCAGGAGUGCCAUCUUCACUCAGAAACAAAGGAUACUGAAGCCUUUAAAGACUCGUUCUCUGAAGACUUCCUUUGAUUUCCCAGUUUCCUUCCUGUUGAAAAUUCUCGGGCUCCUUGCUGUUGUUGUGUGCUUUUUUUUUCAACUUCAGUGGUUCUAGUCUGUCUGCAUAAAACUUUUGGAUUUGUCAGUUAGUACUUCAUAAAAAAAAAAAAAAACUAAAAGAAAAAUGUUAAAGCUACAUUCCAGAAUUUCGGGUUAGGAGGGACAGAGCGAGAAGGGUAACUGUGGAGAAUUAGCAGAAUUUGUUCUAUAUAUAAAACCGUAAAUUGUGUCAUGGAAUCUCUUUGCCAUCCCGCUUUUCCUCAGGCUCACCAAGCUCUCCAAAAAAGAUGAUAAAAUAACACUGGCCCAGGUAAAUAGUACUGCCAGUUCUGAUAUAUGGGAAUUAUGUGGAAAAUGAAAUAUGUAGAAUGAAAAGCAAGUCCACGGUUUAAAUUAUUGGAUAAUUUUAAUCGUAGGUAUGUAUUUAAAAUCCUUGAUAGUGUUUCUAUCUGGACUGUAUUUGGUAACAAAGAUCUCAGAUGUUAGAUCGCGAUCCGUUUGCUUGGUGGUGGGGAGGGGUCACACAAAAAUACUGGAGAAAAAUUAAGAGGAUAGACUUAGAAAACAGCAGCAAUGCUCAGACAAAAUUUUAGAGCCUCAUACUGAAAGCUGAACAAAUAGCCACAUUUCUUAUAUUUUGAUAGAAACACUGCUGUAAAAAAAAAACACACAAGAAUAGCUAGCUAAUAUAUGUUUAGUACUUAGCAUGGACCAGACAUUUUGCUAUAUUCAUAUUGUAUGUAUUAUUUCAUUUAAUUCUCGUAACAAUUCUGUGAGAUGGGUACAACUAUUAUACCCAUUUUAUAGAUGAAGCAGCUGAGAUUUAGAAUAGCUGGGUAACAUACCCAAGACCACAUGUGACGGAGCUGGGAUGGAACUCAGGUCUUUCAGAAAUGAAGAUCAUAACCUCAUCCCAUAAUACUUACUUACAAAAAUCUCCAUUGUUGAUAAAGUACUUAUUAAUAGACUAUUUUAUUUAUAUUCACAUACAUGUUACUUUGGAGUCAUCUUUCAUAGAAAACAGUACUUUUGCAAAUAUGAUCUAGUUAAUUUUAUUUGUAAUUUUUUGGUUUACGUUCCACCUAGACCUAAAAAGCAUUUGAAGGAGUUUACAAAUAAGAUGUUAUUAUUGUUGUUAGUUGCUGCCAAGGUGGCUCCAGUUCAGGGCAACCUUAUGUAUAACAGAACGAAACAUUGCCUGGU